AGCGGUUGUGUCCAGUCCGGUGUUCCCGAGUCCGUGGGUGUCCACGAUUCGUCCACCGUCCACCACCCGCAUCCGAAUCCGCAUACGAAUCCGCUCGUACUCGAUAAUAUGUGCGUCUAUUUCGAAUUGUAUAUUCGCAAGAGAGUUUUUGCCAAAUAUUUCGCUUGCAUCUAGAGAAAAACAUUAAAUAGUGGAGUGAUCGAGUGAUCGGUUGGUUGCACGGAUCAAUCAUGAGCUACCUAUCACUACCACGUGUGCUGAGCAAGUUCGGCUCCCAAAACCAAAGCCACAGUUCGUCUAACCACAGUUCGAAAACCAAUAGCCUAACCCGAUCCAGUACGCGCACCGGAUGCGACGAGAUCAGGCUCCGGAUCCCGAGGAAAGCCUGCUCCACCCAGUCGCUGAAUAAGCCAUUCGAGCGCCGGAUGAGCAUACUGAAUCGAAAUGGAAGCAUUUCCUGUCGACACUUUCGCGGUGUCCACAAGCAUUUACUCGAUUCCCACGCCAAGGCGGUCUGCCAUGCGAUGACCGUUACAGAUCUGUAUGAAGAGAUAUUAUUUGAAAUUUUCAACAACAUUGGCUGUGAAAACAACGAAGAGUGCACAAACAGUUUGGUCGAAUUUGUGCAGGAUGCAUUCAAAAUUCCGAACGCCACUCACGAGGAAAUUUAUGAGGCGGCGCGUCUGAAAGAACCGCCCAAUGUUCGACUAAAUGUCGAGAUUAUAAAGGCCGAGAACCUAAUGUCCAAGGAUUCAAAUGGCUUGUCCGAUCCCUUUGUUACCCUGUACUUGGAAUCGAAUGGCUCCCAUCGUUACAACUCAUCUGUGAAGCCUGCCACAUUGAAUCCCAUUUGGGAGGAGCACUUUUCACUGCCGAUUACAGAAAAUGCUCGUGACGAAGUUCUAAUCGUUGAAGUGUGGGACUUUGAUGCUGCGGAAACCGUGAAAGAAAAAGUCAACAAAAUCCUGGAUGUGAAAGGUGUGAAAGGACUCAGCAAACUGAUGAAGGAAAUAGCAGUAACAGCUUCUUCGGGAAAACACGAUAAUGAAUUGAUUGGAAGAGCUGCUAUCACGCUAAAGUCUAUUCCAGUUUCUGGCCUAACCGUUUGGUAUAACCUGGAAAAGGGUAGCAAGGGUCGCAGUCGAGGAUCACUUCUGGUGAAUCUGGCUUUGAGUGCGGAGAAGAACAAGAGUGUCGCCGUUCAGGAGCACAAGAACCUACUGAAACUGCUGCUGAUGUACGAGCUGGAAACCUCGCAGGUGGCCAACUACUGGUGGAGCGGGAAGUUCAGUCCCAAUGCCGAACUCAUUCGAUCCCAGCACGCUGCUCAGAGUGGACUAACUCCCUUCGAUUGCGCUUUAAGCCAGUGGCACGCCUACAGCACCAUCCAUGAGACGCACAAACUCAAUUUUACGCUCUUCAAUUCUAUUCUGGAUGUGGUGGUGCCAGUGAUCACCUAUAUGCAGAACGAUUCCGAGGAUGUGAAAACAUUCUGGGAUGGAGUGAGACGGCUGCUUCCGUCGUGCUUCUCAGUGCUAAGGAAACUUAGAUCCAAAAACACCAGUGAUAAGAACAUAGUUCGAGCUCUCAAUGAAGUGCUGGAUAUUCUGAAGAAGAUUAAGGAGCUGGAAGUCCCGGAGAGUGUGGACAUAUUCCCCAAAUCGGUGUACGGAUGGCUACACACAAACGACACUGAUGAAACGUGCAAUAUCGACACUGCCAUUGAGGAUGCCAUCAACACAGGGACACGGGAAUGGCUGGAGCACAUAGUGGAGGGCAGCAGGCAAUCUAAAAACACCGAGACCGAUGACGAAAAGCUGCAGUACGUCAUUAAACUGAUACAGAUGGUGCGGUCCGAUCUGCAACGUGCAAUGGAAUACUUUGAUAAAAUCUUUUACCACAAAAUUCAGCUUAACUAUUCCGCUGUACUUUAUUUAUUUUAUGACUCAAAACUUGCUGAAAUCUGUAAAUCGAUUAUAAUAGAAGUGUGCAAUAACAUUAAGAGAUUGGAUGUGCCAGACGAUCAAUUCGAAUAUUUGCCCAACCUUGAGAAUGUAAACAUGGGCACGACUUUGUUUGAAGUCUAUUUAAUACUCAAGCGUUACGUCCAAUUAGGAGAAUCUCUUUGUUCCGAGCCACUGGAACUGGCCAACUUUUACCCCUGGUUCGAGAGGGGCGUUACCCACUGGCUGGAUAUUUCAAUAAUCAAGGCAUUAGGUCGUAUCCAGAAAGCAAUCGAUUUGGAUCAGCUGAAAGCCGUCGACGAAACAGUGAAAUACAGCUCCUCAGCAGUGGACACACUCUCCAUAUUCUACCAAAUUAAGAUAUUUUGGCAGCAACUUGACUGGCCAGAGGUCGAAGGUUCCUACAUUUUUGUAGCCAAAAUUGUCAAUGAUCUGUGUCGGUGUUGCAUAUUUUAUGCCCAGCAGAUGUCCCGCAGAGUCGAAAACAUUUUUAUUGCUGAUGAUAACAAUAAAAAUUUCAUUCUGUCAGAGGAGUGGUGCAUAGCUAUAAACAACAUGGAUUACAUCCGCCAGAGCUUACCUUCAUUCAUAAAGGAACUUAGCAUCGAUGAUAUCAUCAAGAGAUUGGGGGAGUACCGAACUAACUUAGAGGCUGAAAGGUGCGCAAGCACCAUCAAAACUGUAAUCGAAAAUGCAUUGGACACCGAACGCAAUCAGAUUGUUGAGCUCAUAGAGAUUGUGGCCCGAAAAAUGGCACCGCCAAUUAGGCGAUACUUGGCCGAAGGUGCCGAGGUGCUCGCCAAGGACUCCAACUCUAUGGACCAGUUAAUGAUGUACCUGGAAUCCUCGUUGGCCACGCUUUACGAUACACUCAAUGAGAUUAACUUCCAAAGGAUACUGGAUGGCAUUUGGUCCGAGUUAUCCAUUAUAAUGUAUGACCUAAUUCAAUCAAAUCUUGACAAACGUCGACCACCAGCUUUCUUCCAAAAUUUGAACAAUACUCUUCAGACAAUGAUGGACUGUUUUAAAAUGGGCAACCUUCAAACUUCGGACGUAAAAAUAUUGUCUUCAAUUCAAAGUCGGCUCAGGCUUUAUUCGCUGGAGACAGCAGAUCUUAUUCAUCAGUAUUACUUGGAGCGUCUAGAGAACCAAAAGAGCCAAGACUCAUCUCCAUAUGGACAACUCACCGUAACGGCUCAGUUAACUGAUUCCGGUUUAUUGUUAAAUAUCUUAAAUGCUCGAAAUCUGCUGCCCAUGGAUUCAAAUGGUACGGUGGACUCAUUUGUUAAAGCCAGUUUCAUGCCCACAAGUCGAUUCAACGAUGUACCAACUGUGAAGACCAACGUGCACAACAAAAGUUGUUUUCCGCUUUACGAUCAGGAGUUUCGUAUAAACUUAAGUGAGCACCAGCGAAGUGAAGGAAAUAGUCUUAUUGUAUUCAGUAUCAAAGAUAAAGAUUUGUUCGGAAUGUCGAGCCAAUAUAUAGCAGAGAGCUAUAUAUCCUUCGAAGAUUUAGCAGCGACACCAUCGGGCGAGCAAAUCAUGAUGAAUCUAUCCAGGCCAGAAUACACAGAUUCCGAUUCACUGCGUGCCUUGGAAUACAGACUAGGUGAUAAGCAGGCCAAGGAGUUCCUUAAAAAGUUGAAGAACCGAUCCUUCUCCUGAGUUGUGCAAAAGUAAUACGUUGUAAAGAAAAGCAAUAAAAAUGUAUUUUUAUAUUUUCUA